GUCUCCUGGUGAACGGCGUUGAAGCUUUUAGGUGGAGUGGCAGACAGUGCCACCCAGGCGGGCAGAGUGGGUCCCAUCUGACAUCCGACAGGCCAGCUUCCCAGAGCAUUGGAUCCACAGCCAGAUGGACUGCACAGUCUGAGAGCAGAGAGAGUCGAGGCAGAAAUCAGCUGCGGGGGACGAGAACGAUCGCUCAGCGGAGCAGGAACGAGGAAACGAGAGAACAGCGGUGCGACCAUGUCGUCAAACAGGACCCAGAACCCCCACGGACUGAAACAGAUAGGGCUGGACCAGAUAUGGGAUGACCUGCGGGCUGGUAUCCAGCAGGUGUACACACGACAAAGCAUGGCCAAGUCACGCUACAUGGAACUCUACACACAUGUAUAUAACUACUGUACCAGUGUCCAUCAGUCCAACCAGGGCAGGGGCUCUGCAGUUCCAGCAAAGCCAUCAAAAAAGUCCAACACACCAGGAGGAGCUCAGUUUGUAGGUCUGGAGCUCUACAAGCGACUCAAAGAGUUCCUGAAGAACUAUUUGACCAGCCUUCUCAAGGAUGGUGAGGACCUUAUGGAUGAGUGUGUGCUGAAGUUUUACACCCAGCAGUGGGAGGACUAUCGUUUCUCUAGUAAGGUCCUCAACGGGAUCUGCGCCUACCUCAACCGCCAUUGGGUCCGACGGGAGUGUGACGAGGGACGCAAGGGCAUCUACGAGAUCUACUCACUGGCGCUGGUGACCUGGAGGGAGUGUUUAUUCCGACCCCUCAACAAACAGGUUACAAAUGCUGUGCUGAAGCUGAUUGAGAGAGAGAGAAACGGUGAAACCAUCAAUACCAGGCUGAUCAGCGGCGUGGUCCAGUCUUACGUGGAGCUGGGUCUGAACGAGGAGGAUGCCUUUGCCAAAGGUCCCACGCUGUCCGUGUACAAAGAAUAUUUCGAGUGUCAAUUCCUGACUGACACGGAACGUUUCUACACACGUGAGAGCACAGAGUUCCUCCAGCAGAACCCCGUCACAGAGUACAUGAAGAAGGCUGAGGCUCGUCUGCUGGAGGAGCAGCGACGUGUCCAGGUUUACCUCCACGAGUCCACCCAGGACGAACUGGCCAGGAAGUGUGAGCAGGUCCUCAUCGAGAAGCACUUGGAGAUCUUCCACACGGAGUUUCAGAAUCUCUUGGAUGCUGACAAGAACGAAGAUCUGGGUCGGAUGUACAACCUGGUGUCCCGGAUCACAGAUGGUCUGGGUGAGCUGAAGAAACUCCUCGAGACUCACAUCCACAACCAGGGUCUGGCCGCCAUUGAGAAGUGCGGAGAAGCAGCGCUGAAUGAUCCCAAAGUCUACGUGCAGACCACUCUGGACGUCCAUAAGAAGUACAACGCUCUGGUCAUGUCCGCCUUCAACAAUGACGCUGGCUUCGUGGCGGCACUCGACAAGGCGUGCGGGCGCUUCAUCAACAACAACGCCGUCACCAGAAUGGCUCAGUCGUCCAGCAAGUCACCGGAGCUGCUUGCUAGAUACUGCGACUCUUUACUCAAGAAGAGUUCCAAAAACCCUGAAGAGGCCGAACUGGAGGACACUCUGAACCAAGUGAUGGUCGUCUUUAAGUACAUCGAGGACAAAGACGUUUUCCAGAAGUUUUACGCUAAGAUGUUAGCCAAGCGUCUGGUUCACCAGAACAGCGCCAGCGACGACGCCGAGGCGAGCAUGAUCUCCAAACUCAAGCAAGCGUGCGGUUUUGAGUACACGUCCAAACUGCAGAGGAUGUUCCAGGACAUCGGAGUCAGCAAAGACCUGAAUGAGCAGUUCAAGAAACACCUGACCAACUCCGAGCCUCUGGACUUGGACUUCAGCAUCCAGGUUCUGAGUUCCGGCUCGUGGCCUUUCCAGCAGUCCUGCACCUUCGCCCUGCCGUCUGAGCUGGAGCGAAGCUAUCAGCGCUUCACGGCAUUCUACGCCAGCAGGCACAGCGGCAGGAAGCUGACGUGGCUCUACCACCUGUCUAAAGGAGAGCUGGUCACCAACUGCUUCAAAAACAGGUACACGCUGCAGGCCUCCACCUUCCAGAUGGCGAUCCUGCUGCAGUACAACACAGAGGACAGUUACACCGUCCAACAGCUCACCGACAGCACGCAGAUCAAACCUGACAUCCUGGUUCAGGUUCUGCAGAUUUUGUUGAAGUCCAAACUGCUGGUUUUGGAGGAUGAGAAUGCCAAUGUGGACGAGGUGGACUUCAAACCCGACACAGUCAUCAAACUCUUCCUCGGAUACAAGAAUAAGAAGCUGCGGGUGAACAUCAACGUCCCAAUGAAGACAGAGCAGAAACAGGAGCAAGAGACGACACACAAGAACAUAGAGGAGGAUCGAAAGCUCCUCAUCCAGGCGGCCAUCGUGAGGAUCAUGAAGAUGAGGAAAGUUCUGAAGCACCAGCAGCUCCUGGCCGAAGUCCUGAACCAGCUCUCGUCCAGGUUCAAGCCCAGAGUCCCCGUCAUCAAGAAAUGCAUCGACAUCUUGAUAGAGAAGGAAUAUCUGGAGCGCGUGGACUGCGAGAAAGACACAUACAGCUACCUGGCCUAAGCCCCGCCCACUGCCGCCUCACUAUUUUAUUUGUUUUUUAAUUUUCUGUCUGAGAUCAAGUGUGGAUCCCUCUGUGGGUGGG